AUGUAUGGAUUAAUACUGGAAUUUACUAUCACUGUUACUGUGUUGCACUUCGAGUGGUCCAAUGCUGAUUUCAAGGGCUCUGUUAAGUGGCUUCCCAAGUCUCCUAAACUGUACAGUGGCCAUAACUGGAGCUCCCAGGGCUCUCGCUGGGCCUCGUUGAAAGGAAAGGAAGGUUUUCAUGGUGGCAACCUGUACAAACUCAGCUCUGCCAAUGGAAAAUGGAGGGAAGGAAGGAUCAGCCCCGAGCAAGAGGCGGAGGAACUGGAGGAUCCUGAUGAGGAUGAACCUAUUUCCAAGUUUUCUGGCAGCCUUUUUGAUACUGAUGGUAGCGUAAGAGAUCAGAGAAAUACCAGAACAGCUCUUCAGGAGAAGCACAAGUCAGCAGUGAAGGGGAAAACUCUCCCAGGGACUAACAGCAAGGCACAGGCUCCUGUCUCAGCAGUGGGCAGCUUGUCCGGAGAGAGCAGCAGGUUUCUGGAGGACUCAAGAGCUGCCGAUGGGACACAGCCCCCACUGAAGAUAACCAUUACUGUGUGCAGUCAAAUGGGGAGUCUUGGUAUUAGCAUUGCUGGUGGAAAGGGCUCAUCUCCAUAUAAAGACAAUGAUGAGGGAAUUUUGAUUGCUCGGCUACCAAAAGAUGGUCCGGCGGACAUGGUGGGAGUGCAAGCAGGAGACAGAGCGGCAGAGGGAUCCCUCAUUUCAGAACCCAAUGCCCAUGACGCCGGUCCUGCUGAAGCUUCAUCUAAAGGCAGCCCCUUCCAGACAGUAAACCAUGUCAUAACAAUACCUCGAAUAAUCCUCACUCGCCCUUCAACUUCUGAUGAAGAUACCGACCAGUUACCCCCGGAUCCGGAGGACCUUGAGCCGGAGGAGCCCAAUGGCACAGAAAGCCAUGCCUAUUCGGACUGUCUGAACAGCGCUUUUUAUCCUCCCUAAUAAAAUACUUUUUUUUUGGAAAGAGUUCACAAUUUUCCCCCCCCCAAUUAUUUAAUGACAUUUAAUGUAGUACUUGAACCGCUAUGCCUUAUUUGUGGGUAAAACCAUUACACAGAGGAUGGAUUUGAACUGGGGACAGGGGGAGCACAAUCCGUGUUUGUCUUUGGUUGCCUUGAACUUGCCUUCAGCCAGAACUUGUGCACUUGAAGAAAUGUGCUCUGGGGAGGUUAUGUGAAUGUCCCUACGUGCUUCAAUACCCUCUUGUAAGUGCAUUCUACAGCAGCUAAAUGCAACGAUGGGAAGAACUGAUGAUUUUUAUUCAGAGGGUAUGCUACCCAUUUGGAAACACAAUGAAAACAAUUGUAUAGCUGUUUUUUUAAAUCUUGUGUCCAUUUUGUGUCUAUGUAGCUUACCCUUCUGUGUACCUGCAGGUUCCUUUGGAUUGCCCCUUUUAAUAUCGUUUUCUAUAAGAAUAAAAAUCAUUUUCUGUAUUAUAAAUAGUGCUUUAUUUUUUUUCCUUUUCCUGCAAAGUUAUUUACAUUAGAAUUCUAUAUUUCAUUAGAGUGAAAUAAAGAAUGGUUUCUCCAAGUAUCUCAGAUUUGAAUGGGACCUGUAAGUUUUUUAUUAGAUCUAAAUGAAGAAAUCACCUUACACAGCUAUGCAUCUGAGACUGAACUGAGAAGCAGUUUCUUACCCUUGAUGUUUUUUCGUAGACUUUCAUUUCCCCUCCUGACUUGCACAUAAACAGAACACCUUAAAUUUGCCUUGCUGUGAUAAGCAGUAUUUCAUGUAUAAAUACGUAUAGGUGAGCACUGAAAAAAAAAAAGCAAAUGUUUUUGUACAACAGUGUUGAAUCCUUUAAUUCUUCUCACUGCUAUAUUCAGGUUUCUAA